CACACAGGUCAGGUGGAUUAGAGCAAGCUCAGGUUGGCAAAUCCCACAGGGGAGCAGAUGUUUUGUUUGGCGUCCCUUCCCGAAAAUCCCACGCCAUGAACAUUCCAUAAUCCAGGGCAGACGGAGCGAGCCGGGCAGGGGACGGACGGUGGGCAAAGGCAAUGCUGUGUCUUUAAUUUUCUUUUCCGAGAGGGAAGCGAAGUCUGCAGAGCCAUGACAGCCUCACUUGUUCAGCCUUUAAUGCGCGCUGGGUUUUCUCCAGUGGAGGGCACUCGGCGCUCCGCAAACUCCAUCCCCGGCACCCGCCAGCUCCGGAGCAUCAUCGCUCUCUGGAAAGCCUCGGAAUUAGACGAGAGCUGCCUCUCAGCACAGCCACAAAACACUUUAAACCCGAGCAGCUGAAUGGAAUAAACCGAGCCUGCGGGGCUGCCGAGCCGGGCUCGGGCACAGCGCGGGAGGCCCUGCGGAGGAUGGAUCGCGGUGCCCGGCCAUGGCAAGAGGCAGCAGCGGCACAAUGAGGGAUGCCAGGCACCGCCAGAGCAUCGCUCCUUCCUCCCGCAGAAGUUGGUUCGUCUCCAUCGCCUGCUCCGGCUUUUCUUUCGAAAAAAUCGCCACUUAACGCCGCCGCUCCUCUGAUGACUUCCACAAUGGCUCUCAGAGCUUAGAGUCCCUCCCUACCCCCCCACACUCCCCCCAUCCUUCGUCCUGUCUUCCCCACCCCCAACCCCUUCCCUUCUCCUUUUCCCUUCCCCUCGUCCCCCAAAAAAUUCCGGCUGCUCCUCUCCGGGGAACUUUGUGGGGUUCCUGGCGGGCAGGGCUGGAUGGCGGCGGGGCGAGCGGCAGCGACGUGAGGAUGCUGAUGGUUUAAAGAGGGAGAGAAGGAGGCUGAGGGGAUAAACCCGAAAAAAUUUUGAAAAGGGGGAAGAGAGAGGAGAAAACAUCUGGAGGAAGGCGAAGGAGGACGUUAUUGAUGACAAAAGGAUGGCCCAAGAGCUGCCGCUGCGACGGCAAGAUCGUGUACUGCGAGUCGCACGCCUUCCGCGACAUCCCCCACAACAUCUCCAGCGGCUCCCAGGGCCUCUCCCUGCGCUACAACAGCAUCCAGAAGCUCAAAUCCCACCAGUUCGCCGGCCUCAACCAGCUCAUAUGGCUCUACCUCGACCACAACUACAUCAGCUCCGUGGACGAGGACGCCUUCCAGGGGAUCCGCCGGCUGAAGGAGCUGAUCCUGAGCUCCAACAAAAUCACCCACCUGCACAACAAGACCUUCCACCCCGUGCCCAACCUCCGCAACCUGGACCUGUCCUACAACAAGCUGCAGGUGCUGCAGGCGGAGCAGUUCAAGGGGCUCCGCAAGCUGCUGAUCCUGCACCUGAGGUCCAACUCGCUGAAAACGGUGCCCAUCCGCGUUUUCCAGGACUGCCGCAACCUCGACUUCCUGGAUUUGGGCUACAACCGCCUGCGGAGCUUGUCCCGCAACGCCUUCGCCGGCCUGCUGAAGCUGACGGAGCUCCACUUGGAGCACAACCAGUUUUCCAAGAUCAAUUUCGCCCACUUCCCGCGGCUCUUCAACCUGCGCUCCAUCUACCUGCAGUGGAAUAGGAUCCGCUCCAUCAGCCAGGGCUUGACGUGGACCUGGAGUUCCUUGCACAACUUGGAUUUAUCGGGCAACGACAUCGCGGGCGUGGAGCCCGGCACCUUCCAGUGCCUGCCCAACCUGCAGAAGCUGAACCUGGAUUCCAACAAGCUCACCAACAUCUCCCAGGAGACCAUCAACACGUGGAUCUCGCUCAUCUCCAUCACCCUGUCCGGGAAUAUGUGGGAAUGUACGCGGAGCAUUUGCCCCCUGUUUAAUUGGCUUAAGAAUUUCAAGGGAAAUAAGGAGAGCACCAUGAUCUGCGCGGGCCCCAAGCACAUCCAGGGCGAGAAGGUGAGCGACGCGGUGGAAACCUACAACAUCUGCGCCGAAAUCCAGGUGGUGGCCACGGAGAGGUCCUACCAGGCCCCCAGAACCCCCCAGAGACCCGUGUUCAUCCCCAAACCCACCGUGUCCAAACUGGAGAGCCACCAGCCGACGCCGGCGACGCCGAGCCCUUCCGCGGACAUCCCGACACCCGCGGUGGAGCCGGAAUACGAGCACGUGUCCUUCCACAAGAUCAUCGCGGGGAGCGUGGCCCUCUUCCUCUCGGUGGCCAUGAUCCUGCUGGUCAUCUACGUGUCCUGGAAGCGUUACCCCGCCAGCAUGAAGCAGCUGCAGCAGCACACGCUGAUGAAGAGGCGCAGGAAAAAGGCGCGGGAGUCAGAGAGGCAAAUGAACUCCCCUUUGCAGGAAUAUUACGUGGACUACAAGCCAACAAACUCUGAGACCAUGGAUGUAUCCGUUAAUGGAUCUGGGCCCUGCACCUACACCAUCUCUGGCUCCAGGGAAUGCGAGGUAUGAACCAUGAAUCCUCCUAAAACCAUUUCAGCUGCUGGGAAGGAGAGGUAAAUGUUUCGAAGCUCUUGAGGUGUCUCUGAAUGUGAGAAAGAUUGAUGAGAUUUUGGGGUUUGGGGUUUUUUUUCUUGCCUGUGUCAGGGUUUGCUCUGUGGAAGGUUCUCUGGUGUUAAGUGACAACAGGCAGGGAAGGGAUGGUGAUUAUUUUGAAUAAUUAAGACUUAUUAAAAAAGCGAUUAAAUUGGAGUCAACAACUGUGAUAAAGGCAUCUGGAGUGUUGUUCUCCCCCUGUUUGCACCCAUUUGAUGAGCUGUGGCUACAACAGAAUCCUAUUUUUAAUGGAUUGGUAGAUGCAGAGGAGCUUAAGAGCCUUUUCUGGUUUAAAACUAAAUGUGGAAACCUCUUUCCUCCAGACCCCACAUCAAAUCUGGAGGGGUUUGUGGCCUAUUUAAUGCUAAAGCCAGAGAUUUCCUGCAUUUUUGGUCUGGUCCAGGAACAAUCCAGGGACAACAGGACUGCAGCAGGAUCUUGGAGUUGUUUUCCUGGAGGCAGCAGGAACACAGAGGCUCCUCUGGACGCGAGCCUUUGUCAAACAGCACGUUUGGGUUGGGAGAAGGGGACUCUUGGAGGGUUUAAUUGCAUUUCAGGGAUCAGUGGAGGCUUAGACAGCCCUGCUGGAGCUGAUUCCCACAAUCUUGAUUUGACCCAGCAACACGGGGAAACGCAAUCAGGAAAAGCUCUCAGCUCUCUUCCCUUCUGCCGUCCAGCUUUGCAAGGAAAUUCCAAAUUGCUGCGUUGCUCCACUGCUGGGGAUGCAGGGGAUGGGUUUGCUUGGGAUGCUGCUGCUUGUUUGGAGCUGGCAGAGGAGGAUUUGUGCAAUUCCACUGCAGUUCUGCUCACUCAAUCCUGCUUGGGACGUGGCACCAGGUGGGCUUGGCUUCCUUGGUGGUGGAUGUUCUACCUGAGGGCGUUUUGUGUGCCUGUUGGAGUUUAUUCCCCACAGGUUGGGGUUGGCUGUGGGAAUUGUGAGCCCUGGAUUUGGCACCUGGGUGUGGUGAGGAUGAGCAGGGUGGGAUCUGGAUUGUUCAAACCCCGAUGUUUCGAAUUGA